AUGGGAGGACCGGGCUCUGGUGGCUACAAGAAUAAGCCGGGAGAUACAGAAACCCACUCAGCAUGGGAUAUUAUUCCACAAGAUCCCGAGGGUACCCAGAAGUUGGCCCAGGUACGGUGCAAAUACUGCGGCAGGGAAAUGGCUCAGCAUACCUCUCGACAACGUGUCCACCUCCUCGGCUGCCAGCCGUACCUGGCUGCAAUGAAAGAGCAAGGAAUCGAGACCAGUAUCACACGUCAAGCGGCUGACCCCGCUGCAUUCUUCAGAAGUUCAGAAUGGGCGCAGAAGGGAACAGAGGCAAAAGCACCCAAGGUCCUGAAGAUGCAGGAACAUUCUACAGCUGUGCGAGUCCAGGCUCUUGCACUGGCCGAAGCAAGCAUCUCGUCGGAGAGAAUCCAAGAGAUCACCGGCAUGGACCCCAAGGUAUUGGCUGGACUACGAAGACUUGCGCGUGAACGUGGCUAUGAUCCAUCCGUCUCUAUGCAACUCAAGGAAGAAUACGUCUUGGAUCCACCAAACACCAGUCGUCCACGAGGUCGCCCAAAGAAGAGAAAGCCAGAAGACGAUGUUGAUCCUGCGUUGACCAGUGUUCAAGACGCCGCUCGCACUGCACCUGAAUUUACUCCGCGACGAGAUAAUCUCCCUCCCGGUCAAUGGGAUUUCAUUGCCGCAACUCCGACCGGCUAUACAAUGACCUAG